AUGAGUGAAGCAGCAGGAGUUUCACCGGUUGGCAUGAUGGGCUUAACUGGCUGGGAAACCCACUCCGCGCUCGCUCAGGAGGACCGAAGCCGCAGACCAGGAAUUGGCUCGACAGCUCCUGCACACCUCACGCGGGCGUUAUAUAUUCCCCGUCACGAUGGAAGCACACCGAAUCUCUCUAUCUACGAUUUUGGCACCCAGUAUACGGAAGCUGUUGGGCAGUGUGCGAUAGGAUCAGCCCGGUACAUCCUGUCCUUGGGGCAAAUGCCAAAACCGCAUGCAAACGGUGGGGCAUGUGUGUACAAUGUGGGCUUCACCGACGUGGACAGUGACGCAGCGGGCUUGAAGUCGAUAUCAGUGGCCCCAUCAUCCGGUCAGUCACUCGUGGAGGCGAACGUCACUAUUGAGACAGCUCAAGACAAAGCGGCUGUGAUCAGACUGAAACGGCAACAGGGAAAUGCAACUGCAGCCGAAGAUGCCGACAUGUCGCUUUCCUAUCCCAUUCCACCUACCACCAUCAAAGAUGGGUUCCGAAGAAAAGUCUUAAAGCACCCGUAUUUCGCUUUCCAGAUCCCCGGGCAAGCUGAUGCAUCACUGGAAUGGCAGAUUCAUCCGACCCUGCAUGGACGCUUGCGGUACAGCCUUGUUCGAAUCCCCCAGGCGCAAUCGUCCGCCGCUCCUGCAGGUCCUGGCGAGCCUUCAGAAAAUGAUGUCCUUGCGAUAUACCACCAUAUCGGGGAAGGUGUCUCGCUGCCGCUGCCAUACAGCGAGGGCGUUCUCCUCCUUCCUCCCGAUAUGGACGCAGCAACCGAGGCCAUUGUGGUGGCAAGUGUGUUGGGCAUGCUCUGGCAGCUGCGUCAGCUCUGCAGGACAGGAAAAGGAAUUGGACCUGUCAGCAAGAGUCCUUCGAAAAGACGGUUUGGUCUUAUGACAGACUUGCUCAGUAGAGAAAGGUAA